AGCCCGUAGACACACGCAGCUCGCGGCCACGCGUUUCUCCACCGCGUCUGGAAGAAGCGAAGUCCGGAUAACGCAACACACUGGCACGCAAACAUUUCUCCGCUGCGUUAUCACCUUUCUAUGGAGACCAGAUAAGGCCACUCCAUGACAGUUUCAAGACGCGCACAACGUCUUUGCGCAUCCCACAGCAGCGAGUCUCAUCUUGGAAUUGCUGAAAAUACUACAAGACAUUAGACAACGCUGCACGCACCGCUCCAGACCUGCCAUGACCGCAGGGGUUAGUGAAAUGGCUCGCUUGGGGCUGUGUGGGCUUUUAUUCGGGCUGCUGAGGCUCAGCUCGGCGUGUCCUGGGUCGUGCUUUUGCAAUGCCUCGAGGAUCUCGUGUAUCGAUCAAGAACCAGGGAUCGAGGAUUUCCCUGUCUUGAUGCCGGAGUCUGACAUGGAAAACAUCACGGAUAUAUACAUCUCAAAUCAAAAAAGGCUACUUACAAUCAGUGAGGACCAUAUGAAGUUCUACUCAAAUCUCAGAAAUUUAACAGUGACCAAUACUCAUCUGACAUAUGUAUCUACGAUGGCCUUCUUCAACAACUCCAAACUUCAAUAUCUGAAUCUCAGAGACAAUAACUUAUCAACACUGUCUUGGAGGGCACUUCGUAAUUCAAACUUGUCCACUUUGUUGCUCUCCGGAAACCCUUUGCAAUGUGAAUGUAAGAACAUCUGGAUCAAAGUCUGGUUGGAUGACAGUGAGAGAGAUGGGCUGCAGUGUCUACUGGAAGGAGGAAGAGCAAAAGCCCUCUCUAGACUCAAUCUUCCUUCAUGUGAGUAUCCACAUGUCGAUGUCAUCCCUGCUGUUGUCAGUCAAAUGGCAGGAAGUGAUGCCACAGUGGUGUGUAGUGUGUCAGGAGCCCCGACCCCUGAGCUCUCCUGGAGCUUAAACUCCAGUGAUAACCCUCCUCUCUCAACCAGCCAUGAGAUUUCUCACACAAUGGGGCUGCAGUCUAUUCUGACUCUGAGUGGACUUUCACCUGAUGACAAUGGCAGAGAGCUCACCUGUAGUGCCGAGAACAUUGUGGGCCAGACUGAGGCUUCAGUCCUUCUCAAUAUUCUUUUUCCCCCUAGUAUCGUGCAGCUGUACCAGCCUGUGAGAAACCAGGACUGGUGCAUCCCUUUCACUGUGACGGGCAACCCAAGGCCUGAUCUGCACUGGUACCACGAGGGAAAUCUGCUGGAGGAGCAGCAGUUCAUCAGGACUGAAAUCCAUGAAAUCACGGAUACAGAGUACCACGGCUGCCUGCAACUGGUCAUUCCCACUCAUAUCCAUAACGGCAUUUACACGCUGGUGGCUAGCAAUGAGUUCGGAGAGGACAGGGCAAACGUGUCGGCACACUUCAUGCACACACCUGAUGUGGACCACUCAGGGACAGAGGGAGUGUUUUAUUAUGAAACAACAUUUAGUCCAGAAACCCCACUGGAGGACAAAGUUGCGGUUUAUAUAGUGGUUGGAAUAGCUGGCUUUGCUUUAACUGGGUGUAUCCUGAUGUUAGUUUUCCUCAAGUAUGGCAGAAGCUCCAAGUUUCGUAUGAAAGGCUCUUCAUCUGUAAUCAGUAAUGACGACGACUCAGCCAGCCCGCUUCACCACGUUUCCAAUGGCAACAACACGCCAUCAUCAUCAGAGAUAUGCCUAGAUGCCGUUAUCAUCGGAAUGACUAAGAGUCCAGUCAUCGAGAACCCCCAGUACUUCCGCAACCCUGGCAGCAUGCUGAAAUCGGACACUCUCGUCCAACACAUAAAACGUCACAACAUUCUGCUGAAGAGGGAGCUAGGAGAAGGGGCUUUUGGAAAAGUGUUCUUAGCUGAAUGCUACAACUUGUCUCCUGACCAAGAGAAGAUUUUGGUGGCUGUUAAGACUCUGAAGGAAGCCAGUGAAAGUGGACGAGCAGAUUUCCACCGAGAGGCAGAACUCCUGACCAACCUGCAGCAUAAGCACAUUGUCAAGUUUUAUGGCGUGUGUGUAGAAAGCGACCCUCUCAUUAUGGUGUUUGAGUACAUGAAACAUGGAGACCUCAACAAGUUUCUCAGGGCUCAUGGACCAGAUGCAGUGCUGAUGGCAGAUGGACAGCAGAGUUUGCUGGUGGAGUUAACUCAGCCUCAGAUGCUGCACAUUGCUCAGCAGAUAGCAGCAGGCAUGGUAUAUCUGGCCUCACAGCAUUUCGUGCACAGAGACCUGGCCACACGCAACUGUCUGGUGGGAGAGAACCUGCUUGUCAAGAUAGGAGACUUUGGCAUGUCCAGAGAUGUGUACAGCACUGACUACUAUAGGGUGGGUGGUCACACCAUGCUGCCCAUCCGCUGGAUGCCCCCAGAGAGCAUCAUGUACAGGAGAUUCACCACAGAGAGUGACGUGUGGAGUUUGGGUGUGGUCCUCUGGGAAAUAUUCACAUAUGGCAAGCAACCCUGGUACCAGCUUUCAAACAAUGAGGUGAUCGAGUGUAUCACACAGGGUCGGGUGUUGCAGAGACCUCGUACUUGCCCCAAAGAGGUGUAUGACCUGAUGCUGGGCUGCUGGCAGAGGGAGCCCUACAUGAGACUCAACAUCAAAGAAAUCCACAACCUGCUCCAGAGCCUAGCCAAGGCCUCGCCUGUUUACUUGGACAUCUUGGGCUGAUCCGUUUGCCAGUAUGGGUGUGUAAAUGUGUAGGAAAAGUGUGUGUGAAUGUGUGGUAUGAAAGGAGUAAGGAAUGGUUUCGAUUAAGAUGAGUGAUUGAAUAUAGAUGUGUGUGCGUCUCUGUGUGUGUGUUCAUGAAAAUGGCUUGUGCUUCAGCACUCUAACCACAUAGACUAAAAGGCCUUAAAGUUCACUGUGUGCAUUGCUUUGAGUUUUCCCACGUGUGGACAGGUCCAUCUAUCGUGCAUCAAUAUGUUUUCUAAAAACC